UUGCAGAGGAAAAUGGCAGCAAAUCAUGAUGUUUCAACAGACUACCAAUACACAAUCCUAGAUAUGCUGAACGCAGAUUGCUGGCGUGAAAUCCUUGGCUACAUACCGGUUGAAGAAAUAAUCAGAUCCGAGCGCGUCAGUCGGCGCUGGCGGGACCGAAUGAUAGAAUAUAUGCAAGGUGUGAAUCUCUCCGUAGAAUACCUAAGACCCUGCAUAAUCAAUAUUUUAAGCUGGGACCGGCACCCGCACAGCAGGCACUUGACCCUGGACCGUGAAGACCAGCCGGGCAAGAGAUGGUUCGAAGCCAUGCUGACCAAGCUCGGGGAGAACAUAGUUUUCAUUGGCACGGACAGGAUUGUUGACUUCGAUAUUGCUAAUAUCAUAUACCAUUGUCCUAACCUUGAGAUUCUGUUGCUUUGCAGCAUAGAAUACUAUCUUCCUCUGGACCAGCUGAAAUGCUGCACUCGCCUGAAACGAAUAUCUUUGCAUACAUGCACGAUACCAGACGAAUACAUAUGCCAGCUCUUAAGCGUUGUCCCCAUCGAGGAGCUAGUGAUAAACAACGCGAGCUACGUGUCUGGCAUGUUUCUAUCUGAGGCGAAAAACACCAAACUGAAGUCCCUGACCAUAUCCGCUUGCUAUUUGCUGAUGACGGACUUUUUUAGGACGGCGGUGGAUCUGGACGAGUUGACAAAGUUGGAGUUGACACUUAAUAGCGUUGAGGUAUACAGAAAUGUCCAUUCACUCCUCCGCAACACACCAAACUUGGAAUACUUAAAACUAGUAUCUUUUGACAAAAAAGUGAAUGUAGGAAGUGAAUUCUCAGACGCUCUCAGUAACUUGAGUAAACUAAAACAUUUCUAUGGGAGAUACAUUAAUAAUUCGCACGAAGGUUGGCUGGAAGACGUGGCCGUUGGGUGUAAGGAGUUGAGGACUUUGGAUAUAGGAAAUUGUACGGGUGUCACAGCAAGUAGUGUAAUCACUCUCUGCCGAUCGGCGGGGCCAAAACUAACAGAGCUCGGGGUGGCUUGGAACACGGAGCUGACAGACAGCGACCUUGCAACUUGUUUAAAAUACUGCCCUAAUCUAGAGGUACUAGACGUGCAGGGCUGCGUGCAGGUUUCACCAGAGUUGGUGCAGUGCGCGGUGCGGCGCGCGCGGCCGCUGCGCCUGCGCCUGCGCAGGACCAAAGUGCCCUACGACAUGAGGUCAAAAUGCCCAUGGGUGGAUCUCGAUUUCGAAUACUAGUUUUACAAGCAAGAACUAUGGAAAAUUGUAUCGUGAUGUACAAAAACUC